AUGGCUGCAGAAAUUAGAGCUCUAGAAGAGCAAGGAACAUGGAUACUUGAAAAACUUCCACAUGGGAAGAAAGCAUUAGGAAGCAAGUGGGUGUACACAGAAAAACGUGAUGAGUUCGAGACUGGAUUAUUAGGGGCGAAACCUGCAGAUUUUCCAAUGGAACAAAAUGAUAAAUUAGCUCUAGCAGAAGGCAAAGUAUUAGAUGAUGUGGAAAAUUAUAGACGGCUUGUUGGAUGUCUAAUUUACUUGUCUGUGACUAGGCCGGCAUACCUUGUUCACAUUUUAUCUCAGUUUAUGCAGAGUCCGAGAGAAGAGCAUUGGGAGGCCGCACUCCGUGUUGUGUGCUACUUGAAGAAGAAUCCGGGCCAAAGGAUACUUCUUCGUUCAGACAGUGAGCUAAGACUUGAAGGUUGGUGCGACUCUGAUUGGGUAAGUUGUCCUUUGACUAGGAGGUCGUUGACUGGUUGGUUUGUGUUACUUGGUUUCUCUCUUGUCUCUUGCAAAACCAAGAAACAACAUACAGUUUCUCGUUCCUCUGUGGAAGUGGAGUAUAGGUCGAUUGCUUCUGUGAUGUGUGAAUUAAAAUGGUUGAAGCAAUUAUUAGGCGAUUUGGGUGUUCAUCAUUCGCAGAGUAUGAAUUUAUUUUGUGAUAGUCAGUCAGCUCUGUAUAUUUCUCAAAACCUGGUAUUUCAUGAAAGGACGGAACAUAUUGAAGCGGAUAUUCAUUUUGUGAGAGAUGCAAUUAAGGACGGGUUGAUAUCACCGUCCUAUGUGCCUACGAAGAUGCAACUAGCAUAUAUUUUUACAAAAGCUUUAGGGAAAGCUUAA